AACUACUUCUGGGCUUUAUUGAAGAGCUCUGCCUUAUUCAGGAGAACGGCUUGAAUAUUAGUGAGGCUUUUCAUACUUUACCAUUAAAAAAAGUAUAUACAGACUACUACGUUGUUAUUAAGCGCCCCAUUGACUUGAGCAUCGUCAGAAAAAGAAUUCAUGAAGGAGCGUACGAGAGCGUCCGGUCGUUUUUAGAGGACGUCGACCAAAUAUGGGAAAAUGCCAAGCAAUACAAUAAAGAAGGGUCGGAUAUUUACCGCCAUGCAUGCACACUACAAGCCUUUUGCCGCGCAAAAACGAAGGAGUUCGAGCGUCAGCUGUUCGCUCAUGAAGCUCACGUGUCUGCGCCAAAAGUAGAAAAUAGAACGCACAUGGGCCCUACCAAUAGGAAACAAAGCAAAGUAAAGGCGCUUGAGUUACUCUUCUCGUACGUCCUUAAAAAGCUUGAAGGCCUUAAACAAAAUCGGGAGCGCCUUUGCACAGACUUUGAAGUUCUUCCAGACAAAAGGGACUACCCGGACUAUUAUAAGGUUAUCACGGCCCCUCUGGACUUGGCAACGGUGCGGACUCGCUUAGCGGCGGGCUAUUAUAAGAAAAUGAAGAGCUUUUGGCGGGAUUUGAAUCUCAUAUGGACCAACGCGCAGUUCUACAACGAGGAGAACUCGGCCAUUCACCGAAAUGCCAGGAUUUUGCAAGACUUUUGCCAGAAGCUUUUGAGGCGGGCAAAUAAAGCUUUAGUGAAGUGGAAGAAAAACUGUCGUUCUUAUAUAAACUGGCAAGAAGUUUUAGAGUCGGAAGGCGUCGAGGAAGCGUCCGUCCCCUCCUACGCCCCAAUGAGUGUCAAGAACGAACAUAACUCCACGAGAACUGUCUGUCACAUAGACGGAAAGUUGCCAAAAAUGGCUGAGUCUGGCGUAUUUCUCUCUAAAGAAAGCGCUUUGCUGCAGUUGAAGCUCUUGAUAUGCGAAAUGCUUGCCGUGAUAGAAAACGAGAAUGGUUUCCGCAUUAUAACCCCCUUUCUUACUCUGCCCAAUCAACACGACUUUCCUGACUACUACGAAGUUAUUCAGAGCCCUAUUGACUUCAACACGAUUCGAGAAAAGUCCGUUCUCGUGGACUAUUCCAUGGAGAGCCUUAUUGAGGACGUUGGUCUGCUAUUAGCCAACGCCCGCGCCUAUAAUGCCGAGGGAAGCCAGAUCUUCCGGGAGAGCAUUAUUUUGCAUGGCCAAUUCCUCCGUUUUAUAGCAUUGUUCUGGCUCCCUUUUCAACCACCUACCCAAAUGUGUAAUCUUGACUUUAUCUGCAACGAAAUGGACCAUCUUUGGAAACUACAAGAAGAAAUAAAGUCCGCCAAAUACGAGCUUACAGAUCUUGAGACGGACAAGACACAUCCAUUGGACGUUGUGACCUAUAAGGGCGCGACAUACUCUCCCGGCGCUUUUGUUCAGCUCGUCUCUCCACGUGAGAACGCCCCCCACGUGGUCCAGAUCCAAAAGUUGUGGAAAAACAUGAGCGAUAAUAAAUAUUAUCUCUACGGCAGAUGGUUUUAUCACCCGCACGAGAUUUUUCAUUCGCCCACUCGCAAGUUUUAUAGAAAUGAAGUAUUUAAAACGAGCUUUUUUCACACCAACAGUUUUGAUAAAGUGAUCGGCCCCUGCUGCGUCAUGCACGUGAGAGACUAUGUCCGCUAUUACCACAAAGACUUUCCAGAAGAACGAAAAGGAACCGCCUUGACCGUAUUCGUCUGCGAGCUCAAAUACGAGGACAAGAACCGCCAGUUGUCUCCAAUAAAAAAAUGGGAAUGUCCAGAGAAAGAGACGCACUAUCUUUCCAGAACCGCGCCAUUGGUGAUUGGCCGGUCAAUGCCUUCUUUGCAAGCUGUGAGCCAGCAAUCCUCCCAGAAGGACACUAAUUACUCCUCGCUGAAUGAAGUUGAGAAAAUAAAGAAGUUUAAGGCGUCCACCGUACAACCGGCAACCAACAAUAAGAGGGUCUUUUACAAAUACUACAUGUUCCGGAAAAUUCUCUAUCAGUGCGGCGAUUGCGUAUACGUCCAUGUUGCGCCCUCCAAAACACGUUGCAUUGUGCGAAUAGAAAAAAUAUACGAGGCCGACAGGGCCUCUUGGAUUUCCGGCUGCUGCUUUGUAAAACCGCAAGGUGCAAUGCUCUCGGAAAAAAGGACUUUUUACGAGCGCGAAUACCUGCUUUCCAGUGAAUCCAACUGCUACAUGAUGAGUAGUAUUUCUGCAAAAUGUUCUGUUCUUCCCCUCUCACUUUACGAAAAACGCCGGCCUUAUGGGGUGCCGGAGAAGGAUGUGUAUACCUACGAGUCUCUUUAUAUAGAUAUUAAGAAGCAAAUAGUGAAGGACAGCUUUUUUAACGAAAACGACUACAUUCUCAAGUUUGGACUCUUGGAAAUCUCGCAACAAGUACCGCUCCGCUCUUAUGUUCUCUCGCCCGCCACUGAAGACCUAGCGAACGACAAGGAACUUAUCGGGAAAAUAUCAGACGACCUCCAGCGACGCAUCAGCGAUCCUGUCUUUCUGCAUCGCCCAAUAAGCAAAUUACCUCACCAUUGUCGUUGGCUUUCCUGCGGACUGUCUUUUUCCAAUGAAAUUCACUUGCUCACUCACGUGAUGACCACUCAUGUGAUGAACAGCCGAAAUUACACGUGCAACUGGUUGUUGUGCGAGUCAUCGCACCUCACGUGCCCUAAUGCGAAUGCUUUGAUGGACCACGUUAAGCGUGCUCACGUGUACACUACCGACUGGCCGGGCAGUCUAGCCCCCGUCGAUCGCAAGGCCUAUCAAAGGUUUUUAGAGGCGACCAGCACCACUCGCGGUGCUAGUGCCUUACGAAGGGAUAUAUACGUGAACGAUCAGACGCUUCUUUCUGAAUUAGUCUUACAGGCAAGCAGCAGAAGUAAAAGUCGCUUGGGCCACCCGACUGGGCUUGAAACCGCCAUUCAGGCUUACCCUUUUCCCGAGACGAGAGAACUAAUGGCUUCUUGGAAGCACAUGGAUAGUAGAACCCCUCCAGAAAUGGAGGAGUCCUCCUCACUUUCUGGCGUUCUAGAAACUCCCAAAGAAACUUUUUGGAAAGAAGAGGGCGUGUAUCUUUCACAAAAAUACAUUGAUUAUAAAAUGUCGCAGGAGGCAGCGCACGAGGCAGAACCCGCCGUAAACAGUGAUACGGGGGAGGGAGGCACACAUGAUAAUACCAAACCCGCCGAGAUAUCGGAACUUCUUGAGAGAUUGACAAACAGCCUGAACUACGACGUAAUGAUCCACAUGACACUUCUUUCUUGAGCUACCAGAAGCUUAAAGGAAAGAUAAAGUUA